AUGAUAAAUGAUGGGGAUACAUUGGAGGUGUAUGUUUUUCAUGGGGUUAGUGAAGCCAAUCAGGCCCCACUUGAAUUGGAGUUUGUCCCCAAUGUGAGUGAUAGUGGGUCUACUACUGUGCCUCCACCAUCUCAUUCUACUGUGACUUCUUUUUCCACUGUACCUCCUCCGUCCAUUAUGCCUCCACCCUCUCUUUCUACUGUGCCUCCUCCUUCCUCUGUACCUUCAUCUGAUCAUAUAAUAUAUAAUGAUCCAACUGAUGAUGGAGUAGAAGCUGAAUCAGGAUCUGAAGGGGAUACUAAUGAAGAUACUGAGGUUGACAGUGAUGUCCAUCAAGAGUAUAUAGAUACAAGGGCAUCCAAGAGGCAUUUCAAAAGGAGGAAGAAAACCCCAAAUAGAGUUGUGUUUGAUGCAAUUUCUGAAAAGAUUGUUUGGGAAUUAGGACUGGUUUUUGGACCUAUUGAAGAAUUUAGAGUGGCAGUGACAAGAUAUGCAGUCCAAGAACACAUUCAAGUUGAAAAAUAUGUGAAUGAGCCUGACAGAGUUAGAGUGAGAUGUUGUAAAGAGACUUGUCCUUAUUUGUUGUGUGCAAGUAAGGAUAAAACUAGUGGAGAUGUCAUUGUUAAAACAUACAACGUUGUCCAUAAAUGUUUGACAUCAACUCAUAACUAUCUUUGCAACUCAAAGUUUUUGGCCACCAAAUACAAAGAAAGAAUAACUCAACAGCUAAACAUCAGCAUUGUGUUGUUGAAGGACAUUAUUAGAAAGGAGUUGGAUAUUAAUGUUGGUAGGACAACAAUGAGAAGAGCUAGGAAUAGAGUGUUACAAGAGAUCAUGGGUGAUCACAUUAUGGAGUAUGGUAAGAUUUUUUAUUAUAAAGAUAAAAUUUUAAGGAGUAAUCCAGGUAGUACUUGUGUAGUGAAGGUUGGAAAAGAAGAUGAAACUGGGCAGAAAUUUUUUGAAGGAUUUUAUGUUUGCUUCAAUGCUUUAAAGAAAGCAUUUUUUGGAGGUGCUAGGAGGUUGAUUGGUUUUGAUGGGUGUUUUCUCAAAGGUGUCUGUAAAGGCCAGUUGUUAGUGGCAGUUUGUAGAGAUGGAAACAACCAAAUGCUGCCUAUUGCUUGGGCAGUUGUUGAGGUUGAGAAUCAGUUUACCUGGACAUGGUUUCUUGAACUAGUGAAGAAUGAUCUUGACCUUGGAGAAGGGCAUCAACUAUCCAUCAUUACUGAUAUGCAAAAGGGACUAGAAAUUGCCGUUGAAAAUGUAUUGCCACUGGUUGAACAUAGAAAAUGUGCAAGACAUGUUCUUGCAAAUUGGUGUAAAAACUGGAAAGGAGUUGAAAGAAGAAGAGUGUUUUGGAGGAUUGCUAAAUCCACAUUUGAAGCUGAGAUGAAGGAUAAUAUACAGGCAAUGAAGAAAUUAGGACAAGAAUGUUUGGAUGAUCUUUUAUGGUAUAACUUGAAUACAUGGUGCAAGAAGUUUUUUCAAGACUAUAGCAAAUGUGAUGUUGUGGACAACAAUAUGGCCGAAAGCUUUAAUGCUUGGAUACUGCCUGUAAGGUAUAAAAUAAUAAUCACAAUGCUUGAGGAGAUAAGGGUGAAGAUGAUUAAAAGAAUUGGUGAUUUGAGAGAGUUCUCAAACACUUGGAUCACUGAUAUAUCUCCUAUGUCUUUGAAGAUUUUGCAAGAAAAUAUUGAAAAGUCUAUACAAUGUAACUUGACUUGGAAUGGAGAAAGAGGUUUUGAGAUUAAACAUCAUGGAUUUACACAUAUGAUGGACAUUGUUAGUGGGAGUUGUAGUUGCAAAUCUUGGCAGCUCAGGGGCAUUCCUUGUCCUCAUGGUGUUGCUGCCCUUCAUUACAAAGAGUUGGAACCAAUCCAUUAUGUGGCUAGUUGUUAUAGCAAGGAAACGUACCUCAGCACAUAUGCCCAUUUUAUUCAGCCAAUGAAUAACAUAAAAAUAUGGCCAACAUCAAAUAAUCCAAUAGUAAAACCACCAAAGAUCAAGAAGUUGCCUGGAAGACCAGGUAAAGUUAGAAGAAAGGAGGCAAAUGCAAGUAGAAAAACUGGAAAGCUUAGCAAAAAAGGUGUUGUUAUGACUUGUAGCAAAUGUGGUACACAUGGACACAAUAAAAGAGAAUGUCCUACAAGUAAUCAAGCUGGUCCAAGUCAAUCAACUGAACCAUCUUCUCAAGCACAUGCUACUGAAAGUGGUAGAGGAAGAGGCACAUGA